AUGAAUCUUUCUUCGCUACAAUUAUUUGCAUUUUUCUUCACAUCAAUAUGCAUUCUAAGCAAUUCACAAAAGUUGCCUGGUUUGCAUGAUAUUACUACGAUAGCUAAAAUCUUUAGUCUACCAAAUAUACCGUAUUAUUUGCCAAAAUUUCCGCUUUUUUCAAUUCCCAAAAGAACGAAACUUUUCGGUCUACCACCAUUACCCAAUAAUUCGACCGCGAAUAUUGUUCGGGUUCGUUUGAGAGGGUGGAUGUCGGAGACCACUAUUGCCAGCUAUGUAACGCGAGAUGUCGUAGCGUUAAGUUGA